CCAAGGAAAAAUUAAACUUAAUACACAUUUGUACUUUUAUAUGAAAACAUUAUUUAUCAUUGAACUUAAAAUGUAUCUUUAAGUUUUGCUGUCUACGAUAAUAAUUAAAAUAAGUUAGUUUUGAAUAUGAUACUUAUUAUGUCUGUUUGAUUAUUUAUAAUACAAAGAUUAAAUUCUGGGAGAAAUGAUGAAACCUAUUCAAAUGUUUCCAAUCGCUUUUGCCCUGUUUGUAAUGACUUCGGUUCUUACGUGACAGUUGCCGUCAUGCAAAGACAUCGGGACAUUAUUGUGUGGGAUUUUCUCGACAGCGCAACGCUCUGACACAAAAUACAGGCUGAGAAUGGGUAAACAGAAAGCAAGUAAAGAUCAGACAGCUAGUGUUGUGGUGGACAAGCAGGAUAGAGGUCAGAUGUUUGAGUCUUUGUUUGGCUUCAAGACGUCAGAUCUCACUAGCAUGGACUCUUUGCUCAAACUGCUGUGUCGGCCCACAGAUCCCUCUGGACUUGGAGUUAUGCGCAUGGUCUUUGGAUUACUAAUGGUGUUUGAUAUAUGGCAGGAACGUGGUCUAAGUAAUGCAGUGGAGGAAUUUGGUGACCCAUUUCUCUGUAGAUUUCCACUUUUUGACUUCCUGAAACCGUUACCCCUUGUCUGGAUGUACAUUGUCUACCUACUUAUGUUUUUAGGUGAAGUUGGUAUCUUACUGGGCUUGUUUUACCGGUUAAGUUGUUUGGUAUUUGUGAUGACAUAUUGGUACCUUUUUCUCCUGGAUAAAACAAGUUGGAACAAUCACAGUUACCUGUUUGGUCUCAUAGGAAUUUUACUGUUGCUAACUGAUGCUAACAGAUAUUGGUCACUGGAUGGAUUGUUGUUCAAAAGGAAAAGGCAUACUCAUGUACCUAUGUGGAACUAUGCUAUUCUGAGAUUCCAGAUAUUCAUUGUGUACCUCAUUGCUGGUCUAAAGAAAAUGGAUCUGGAUUGGGUUUCUGGGUAUUCCAUGCAUUCAAUUGCUAGUCAUUAUGUGUUCGCACCUUUCAGGCUGGUACUGAGCCAGGAACAAGUCAGCUUAUAUAUUGUACACCUUGGUGGACUUUCUAUUGACCUAGUCUCGGGAUUUCUACUUCUGUUUGAUAAGACCAGACCCAUUGCUUUUGUAUUUCUUGGAAUGUUUCAUCUAAUGAACUCACAGCUGUUUAGUAUAGGUAUGUUUCCAUGGAUGAUGUUAGCAACAAUGCCAUUAUUUUGCUAUCCGGACUGGCCUAGAGGAUUGUUACACAAGUUUCCCAAUGUUAUGAAAAUAGUAUUACCAGCAGAUCUCAGUUUGCAGUCUAGCACACAUUGUAUAUAUGAUAAGAAAUCCAUAAAACCUGAUGAAAAACAGAAAUCCUCAUUACCUCAAGAUAAAAAUCCCCCACCAACUAGUCCGUCCAGAUAUCACAAAAUAAUGGUCGCCAUGUUGUUUUCGUAUGUCGGCACACAAUGUGUUUUGCCCUACUCUCAUGGUAUAACUAAGGGUUACAACCAUUGGACACAGGGCUUGUAUGGCUAUUCCUGGGAUAUGAUGGUACACACUUGGAAUCUUCAACAUCUUAAAAUUACAUAUGUUGAUAAACAAAGUGGGGAAGAAGGGUACCUGAAUCCAAAGGCAUGGGUUCUUGGUGGUCGCUGGAGUUCUCAUCCAGACAUGAUUAAACAGUAUGCUCAUUGUGUUGAGGAAAGGCUAGCCACGUACAACAUAACGGAUAUAGAGCUUCAUGUUGAUGUAUGGAGGGCACUAAAUGAUAGAUUUCAACAGAGAUCUGUUGAUCCUCGUGUAAACCUACUUGAAGCGCCAUGGGGAGUUUUUACUGAAACUCCAUGGAUCUUACCAUUGUUAGUUGACCUCUCUGACUGGAGGGGCAAACUUAGCGAGAUUGAAAAAGAUAUAUUUGAACGUGAUAGUGACACAGAUGUUGUUUUUGUUGCAGAUUUUCCUGGACUAUAUCUUGAAAAUUACGUACAAGAGGACCUGGGAAACACAAGUAUUACAGUGUUAAAGGGAGAGGUUCUUGUUGAGCUUGUGGAUCGACAGAAAAAUGUUACACUGCAAGAGGGUAAAAAAAUGCAGUUACCUGCGCAUGAGUUUCACAACAUUCAUACAGUGUCGAAUACCCCCUCGUGCUACAUGUAUAUAUUUGUUAAUACAACAGAUGUAGAGUUCAAACAAAUGGUCUCAAAAUAUGAACAGAUAAUGAAUGGAACCUUCAAGGGAUCAGAUAAGGAAGCUGUAAGAAUCAAGCAUGAGGUUGAAGUCGGUGCCAAUCACCAUCUGUUUGCUCAAUAUAUCAGCGAGAAGGAGAGGACGGAGGAAGAACAACGAAUGUCAUACAUUCAAAAGUGGCGGAACUUUGUCUCGUAUAAAUACAGCAUGCUGUCAAGAAGUGUAAAGUUCACAGUAGGUGCUGUAAGGAGUUUAAUGACAGGUGUUCCAUUUGAAGAUUUUCUAAAUGCCACAUUCACGGAAGAGAUGGCAAAACAAGGUGCACACCACACAGAACAAUCAAAUGUCUACUGAUUGUGCUCACUCUUAAUUUUGGAACAAUCAAAUGUUUACGGAAUUGUGUACCUGUUUAGCACUAUCAAAUCUGUACUGAAAUGUGAACCACUUUGGAACUAUUAAAUCUGUACUGAAAUGCCUACCAAUUUGGAACUAUAAAAUCUGUACUGAAAUGUGUACCAAUUUGGAACUAUUAAAUCUGUACUGAAAUGUGUACCAAUUUGGAACUAUUAAAUUUGUACUGAAAUGUGUACCAAUUUGGAACUAUUAAAUUUGUACCGAAAUGUGUACCAAUUUGGAACUAUUAAAUAUGUACUGGCUUGAGAUCUCAUUUAGGAUCAGUCAUGUGUUUACUCAAUUGUCCCAGUUAGGAUCAGUCAUGUGUUUACUCAAUUGUCUCAGUUAGGAUCAGUCAUGUGUUUACUCAAUUGUCCCAUCAUAUAAAAAAACACUAAGUGGAGUCCCUUUAACAAAAUUCUUCUAUGAAAUGACAAAGGCUAGAGUUUAGAUAUUUUGGCAUCGGGUCAAAUACCCCCCCCCCCCCCCCCCCAUUCACACACAACAUGGGUCAUGUAAAAAGAGCUGCAGCUAUGAAUUUUGGAAAAUAUGGAAAGUUUCUGAUGAUGUAGAUUUGAACUCUGGUAAUAGUGGACUAAGAUUUUGUCCCAUUGAUCUACUUUUUUACCCAGUGACCUGUUUGUAUUGAUAGCAACUGCAUUGGAAUUCAGAUUUGGACUUUGAUAUUGAUCAGUUGUCCUAAUUUUUUUACCCAGUGACAUACUUUUCAGCUCACCUGAUCAUUAUUUGUCUUGUACAGACAGUGUUUCUCAGGUGAGCCAUAUAGAGACUUAUUAGCCCUCUAGUUUGUCUUUAUAAGGAUGGAAAAUAUGUCAAAAAUGACUUAUGUGUGUUUGUUUAGAUAAUUUCCAUUUAAAGCUGCAUGCCUCCAGAUGAACCAAAAUAUUUUUUAAAAAUGUACUAGAUUUUAAAAAAUAUUCACAAUUCAAGAAAUAAUUUACAUGUUAUAUGUAAUUUAUGACUGAAUUUGCAGUAUUUAUUAACAUAUUUCUACUGCGUGACUAACACAGUUGGGGCUAUUUUUGUAUAUUCUUACUUAUUUUUAGUAUUUUUUUUAGAUUUUUAGUGCUGUUUACAGUGUUUUAAAUACUUCCUUUGUUCACUUGAAAACUUGUUAAGACAAAUGAUUGAAAAUGGGAGAAUGCAUGAACAAAAUGUAUAAAUAUUACAUGAAAAAUUGGUAUAAAUAAUACUACAUGUAGUAUAUUUUAAUUGAUGAAAUAAAGUUAAAAUGCUUUGA